CUUUGACGCAAGGGCUCGGGACGCAGCCGCCGUCGGCCGAGCGCCCAGCGAGGAGCGACCCCAGACGGAGCCUUCGGAGUCCCUCCGCCCCCACCUCGCCCGGACCCCGAGCCUCGGUCCUCCUCGCCGCUCUCCUCGUGGCCAUGGAGUGUCCGCACCUCAGCUCCAGCGUCUGCAUCGCUCCGGACUCAGCCAAGUUCCCCAACGGCUCCCCGUCGUCUUGGUGCUGCAGCGUGUGCCGAUCCAACAAAAGCCCCUGGGUCUGUUUGACUUGUUCAAGUGUCCACUGUGGAAGGUAUGUGAAUGGCCAUGCAAAGAAGCAUUAUGAAGAUGCACAAGUACCCUUAACCAACCAUAAGAAAUCAGAAAAACAAGAUAAAGCUCAGCACACAGUGUGUAUGGAUUGUAGUAGCUACAGUACAUACUGUUAUCGCUGUGAUGAUUUUGUGGUUAAUGACACCAAGCUGGGACUGGUACAGAAAGUCAGAGAACACUUGCAGAACUUGGAAAACUCAGCUUUCACAGCUGACAGGCAUAGGAAAAGAAAACUUUUGGAAAACUCAUCACUAAACAGCAAGUUACUAAAAGUAAAUGGAAGCACCACUGCCAUUUGUGCCACAGGCCUUCGGAAUUUGGGGAACACGUGUUUUAUGAAUGCCAUCCUUCAGUCACUCAGUAACAUUGAACAGUUUUGCUGUUAUUUCAAAGAACUGCCUGCUGUGGAGUUAAGGAAUGGGAAGACGGCAGGAAGGCGAACAUACCACACCAGGAGCCAAGGGGAUAACAAUGUGUCUUUGGUGGAAGAGUUUAGAAAGACACUAUGUGCUUUAUGGCAAGGUAGCCAAACUGCAUUUAGCCCAGAGUCCUUAUUUUAUGUUGUUUGGAAGAUUAUGCCAAAUUUUAGGGGCUAUCAGCAGCAGGAUGCCCAUGAAUUCAUGCGCUACCUUUUGGACCAUCUGCACUUGGAACUCCAGGGCGGUUUCAAUGGUGUUUCCUGCUCACCAAUUCUGCAGGAGAAUUCUACCCUGUCUGCAAGUAACAAAUGUUGCAUAAAUGGAGCAUCUACAGUUGUCACGGCUAUAUUUGGAGGCAUUCUCCAAAAUGAGGUUAACUGCCUUAUAUGUGGGACAGAAUCUAGAAAGUUUGAUCCAUUCCUAGACCUUUCAUUAGAUAUUCCAAGUCAAUUCAGAAAUAAGCGCUCUAAGAAUCAAGAAAAUGGACCAGUUUGUUCAUUACGAGAUUGUCUUCGCAGUUUUACCGACCUAGAAGAGCUCGAUGAGACAGAGUUAUAUAUGUGCCACAAAUGCAAAAAGAAACAAAAGUCCACUAAAAAGUUUUGGAUUCAAAAACUACCCAAGGUGCUAUGCUUACAUUUGAAAAGAUUUCAUUGGACAGCAUAUUUAAGAAACAAGGUUGACACAUAUGUAGAGUUUCCACUGAGAGGUCUAGACAUGAAAUGCUACUUACUAGAGCCGGAGAACAGUGGCCCUGAGAGCUGCCUGUACGACCUCGCCGCUGUGGUAGUGCACCAUGGUUCCGGGGUGGGUUCUGGACAUUACACAGCAUAUGCGACUCACGAAGGCCGCUGGUUCCAUUUCAAUGACAGCACUGUGACGCUGACGGAGGAGGACACCGUGGUGAAGGCCAAGGCCUACAUCCUUUUCUAUGUGGAGCGCCAGGCCAGAGCUGGGGCGGAUAAACUUUAAUACCUCCUCUAAAUCGUUACUCAUCAACUAUACCGGACAAACAUUUCCAAUUCUCCAUAAAUACUUGAUCCAAGAUUUAAUUUCAUUAUGCACUUUUCAAUUUCCUAUUCGGGGUUUAGUUUUAUUUUGUCAAUGGUAGUGAACCUGGGCACCAACUAAUUUUUUUUUUAGUUCUACCAGAAAACCUCAGCAGAUAUUUUGAUUUGCUGCUUUAGUGGUAAUAAUUCAGUUUUUAUAUGUAGUUCCAAGAACUUAGUUCUAUUGGACGUUUUUAUAUUAGUGUUUCAGUUCUCACUUGGAGGCACAUUUACAUUAAUGCUUUGUUGCUCUCACAUGCUGACAGUAAGGCAUGUUCCUGACUGGAGAGCAAUGCAGCUGCCUGCUGCCCUGCACAGCUGCGCUGGAGACCAGGCUCUGAAUCAAGAAUCACGUGUGUGUAUAAUCUGUGGCCCGUGGGAUUUCAGUGACUGCUCAGGAAUCAUUCAUUCUGCUUGUAAAGGUAACAGAGGGCAUCAUGAAGUAGACCAGGUAACCGAUGCUCUUGUAUUUCUCAAGGCUGCUGUUUAUCAGCACAAACGAAGUAACUUGGUUGGUUCAGUGAUAUCUGUAACUGCAAAUUCAAGAAUUACUCUGUUGGUUUUUAGGUUUUGAGGUGUAUUUUUAAUGUGUGUUUUCAUGGAUAGGAGUACAAAAAAGACCAAAUGCAUUUAGUGUUUAAGAAAUCCUCUGACUCAGCUACAUGGUUUUGGUGCUCCCAGUGAGAUGGGAACAUGGCUUUGUUUGCAUCAGCAUCUGUCCCCCCAUUGACUGUAGCACUGGAGAUAACUGCAUGUCCACUUUGGUCUUACUUCGCCCAACUCCAGAGUUUAUUUUGACCACCUACUUCUCAGGUAACACGGUGGGCCCUGCUUCUACAGAAGGAAAUGAGUCUUUGUGGCCCUAUCUCAUUGGCCUAUCCAACUUAGCAGAGCAAGUUGAAAAUAUUCUCACUUUGAAUAAGUAGUUUCUAUCUCUUAGUAGUCUUUUUAAAUUUUCAGGAAAAAUAGGUACAAGCACUAUUCAAAUUUAACUCAAAUUGAAAUUUGGAACUAGAAUCCCAUGUUAAAUCCCACAUUCCCUCAGAGCAGGCCAUAUCCACUAAACACUUCUUUAAAAAAAAAAAAUAAUUGGCUUUAUUCAACAAUUUAUGAAUCAGGUAGCAUCCCACCCAGUAAAUAGAAAGGGGCUCCCCUCCGCUGACACUUCAGCACGACCGGGAGCAAACUGAGAUCCUGUCCAACCCUGACCUAUCGGGACGGCGGCCACUAGCCGCACAUUUAACUCCAGUUAAAGAACUCAGUUCUUCAGUCACUCCGGCUCGUGGCACGGGGCUGCGCAGACCCAACACAUUUCCAUCACUGUGUCGUUUUCUCGGACGGUGGGGUCGAAGUUUUCACUCCAGAGAAAAAAAGCUGUGCCGUCAUGUUUAGGUCUUACAACUUAGUCUAGAAGAGGAACAUAUUUGAAGCAGUUCACAACGCUAAUUACAUUAUGUGAACCAUUUGAAAUUGUUAUUUUUGAUCUACAAACAUUAGUUUCACUUACUUUGAUCCAACGUAUCAAUACCUUAAUUUAACACCACUCUGAUCUUGCUGAGCAUCUCCUAUGAACCCAAGCUCUUCUCCUGUAGAAGGUGCACAGCUGUAACCUCCAGCAUCUGCACGCAGGUCGGGAGUCUCCAAGUGGGCAGCUGCCAUUGCUUCAGCAGUAAAGCCUUGGCCAGUUGGUGGUGGUGGAGAAGAGCGGUGUUUCUAUACCAGAUGGAAUUUAGCAGCAGACUGGACUACAACAGACCACUUGUUGGGGGAAGUCGUCCUCAGACAGGCUGGCACUCUUGGCUUAAAAGAUGCACACAUCUCUUUUGAAUUGCUGUCGUAUUUUUAUUGCUUCAUUUUACUUGAGCAGAACUGUUUGAAUAUCAUGAAGGCUCUUUGGAAAAGUGAUUGGACCCAUUUGAAUUGUGCGCUUACCACCAGUGAUGUAAAUGUGCCUGUUUGUAUUUUAAAAUUUAACUGUAGCCUUACCACACCUAUUUGAAAAGCCGACCUUUUCGUGCUCUUCAGGGCUUUCCCUGUGCCACGCGCUCUCGGGCUGGUGUGGCUCCUCGCUCAGAGCUUCUGCGGAGGCAGGGCCUCACGCCGUCACGUGGCUCCUUGGACGAGAAACCUUUCUCAGAAGUCCUCCCACCUAGGUGGGUGAUAGAACAGUUUGUGGCAACACAAAUCUCUCUCCAUGGUGGAGAAACCUUUGCUAAUCCACUGUAUUCUACUCAGUGUAUAGUGAUGACAAGUGUAACAGAAUUAAACCAGUCAAGUGUACUGGCCCUGGUUGAGUGUUAAAUGUGUAUCUCACCUGUGGAACCUCCUCAGCAGCGUGGUUUCUGGGGUUGGGGACAUAUUUAUUUCUUAAAGCCAAACCUCUCCUUCAUUGGUUAGUGUACAGACGUCUAUUUAGAUAUACUUACCCACUUCAGCCUCCACCCUCCCCUCAUCUCUCUCACGUCCCCUCUGUUGCUGAAGUGGCCUCUUCCCUCGGGCCCUGGAAAAGCGCAUGAACCGUCUGUUCCUGCCGCCAGGGCGUGGGUCGCCGUGACCCGAGUGCAGUCCCAGGAGCGCGCCCGCAGCACGGGGAGAGGAGGGCCGGGGCGGUGUCAUGCUGUAGCCAGGUCUCUGCUCGCCUGCCUGGACGCAGCACCUCCCCCUCAGGUCAGAGUGUGCCCGACUCCAGACCGCCCUCCGCACGUGUUGGCUGUGCUAUAAUCAUUUGCCAUUAAAACCUAGUUUGUAUGAUGCCGAGAGGAUUAAUUGUGCAAGUGACUGAUUUCAUUUAAGUUGUAAUCACAUCCCUUUUCUGCUUCACCAACCUGAACUGUUUUAUGGAAAGUAUCAUUAAAAGUCUGGUCUCUUU